CCGGCCCCGCCCCGCGGGCACUCCCGCGGCCGCCGAGCGCUCGCCCCACUCCCGGGACGGUCCUGCGCGGCGCCGGGCGCACCAUGGCUCGUCGGGCCGCCGUGGCGCUGCUGCUGCUCGGCCUGCUGGGCACCCUGCGGCCCGCCCGGGGUCAAGAUUUCGAUUUGUCGGAUGCCCUUGGCGACAAUGACAAGAAGCCCACGGCGCCCCCCAAGAAACCCAGCCCUGACGAUGACGGGUUCAGUCUGGAGGACGCCCUCGGCGGCGGAGGAAACAAUGACCCAGUGCCGCCUAAUCCACCCAAACCGAAGCCUAAUCCCAACCCCAACCAGCCUGGAUCCUCUGGUGGCUUUUCAGAUUCCGAUCUCCUCGAUGGAGCUUCAGAUGGAGGAGGCGGUGGCGGUGGUGGCGGCGGAAGCCAAAGGCCCGACGGGGAGGAGCAGGCUGACUCCCCUGGGGUAGUCCCUGGCAUCAUUGGGGCUGUCGUGGUGGCCGUGGCUGGAGCGAUUUCUAGCUUUAUCGCCUACCAGAAGAAAAAGUUGUGCUUCAAAGAAAACGAUGAGCCGAAGAUGUAGGGACAAGCAGAAAGCCAUGUGCAAGCCCGGAGCCGCUCCCGUGCGAUCAGGGCUUGUCCGCUGAGACGCAGAGUCUAAAGCAAAGCCUGGCCCUUGCCCUCAUCCCCGUGGCUAGCCGUUGCCGUGGCGCUGGGACGCCUCCCAGGCCGACCGUGUCCCCCUUCCACAUGCACGGAAGCUCCUACCCGCGUACGGCGUUCACGCAUACGUAGCUUCAGGACACCAAGAGGAAUGCAGAAUAUUUUCUAGUAAACUUAAAGCCAAGGGAAAAAAAAAAGCCAAGGGAAAAGCGAUGGUGGCCAGCUGCACGCGUGGGGCGCUUCCCCGUAUUCCCCGCCUGGCUGCCACGUUCAUGUUUCCGCAAAUGGGCCGCCGGUGCCGCGAGCCUUGGCCGCGUCCUCCUCACGCAAAGCCCACCGGUUACUCCGUUUCACCCUGCAGCGCAGCCUUUAACGUCUGACUUCCCCGCUGUAUGAUGCCUUGGCCACACGCCGCGUCCCAUGAAGCAGGUCCUUGCUGUCUCUCUGACCAGUUUUUUUUUUUUAAUUAAAUGGGUGACUAUCCCACUUCUCCAGGGUGGGGGGAAGAAAAAUAUCCACUUAUUUAGGAAUGACCCACAAACGUCACAAUCUGAGAAUUUUGAAUUUAGGUGACAUCAGGGUGGCGUGUGCCGACACGUGAGAAUCUGUGCAUCUUGGAAAUCCCCGUAAACGUGAAAUCACCUAUAGGUUUUUUCUUUUUCUUUAUUUUUUUUUUCUUAAAGGUUUUUUCUACCCCUGCGUACAUCUGGGCAUCUCCUUCCCUUGGGCAUAUAAAUCGCUUUUCUCAUCUCAACCUCAUGCAGAGACUUGGCAUCGCCUCCGGCCUGGGGUGGGGUGGAUGGUGGUGAUGUCAGGGCUGGAUCACUGGCCGGCUGUGGGGUUAGCAUGGCUGGUUGAUGGGGUGGUGAGCUGUCAUGGGGGCCCUGCAUGGUUUUUUCUUGAGUCUGGUCACCCCUCAGUGGUCACCGUGGCCACUGACUGGUGCUUUGGAUGAUGUGCGUGUGUGUUUUUUAGUUCUUAUAAAAGGACGCUUGCUCUCAGGUUAGCACUUUGGCCCGUGUGCCCCCGAGAAGCAAGUCCUCAGUGUGGCCUACGAUGAGGUGCUGCUGGUCAGUGGUCCCCCAGGGCCGUGGUUUUGCCUCCAAAUGCAUGCUGUGUGUAUACUUAAAUAAUCCCCAGGCACGGAGAGCUGCGAAAGCUGCAAAUUCCAUAACCGCUCUAGCAGCCACAUGUGGUCCCUAGGGCCGCAGAAAAGCACGCGCAUUGCCUUUGUGUAAGUUGAGAUGUGGUGUGCUUGGGUUUUUACAUUUGGAUGCAGAGUGGAUUCCCCAGAACCUGGCCAGUCUCCCUGUACGAGCCCGCGGCACGACGGGGCUACGGGUGGUUGGGUCUCGAGGGCUUGCAUGGGUCUCCUCUGGGGAGACGGGGGAUCUGACUGUGCAUCCCUGGUGGUCACCUCAGCUGGGGUCCUUCUCAAGAGUUGGCACUUACCAACAGCCGUGUGGCAUUCCAGCAAACAGCAUUACCAGCAGAAUCUGGGAGAACCGCCUGGGGGGCAAAGCCACGUCUGAAUCACAGCCAUCUGACCCCAACGGUGCUGACGUUAGUGCUCUGUCCCCCGUGCACGCUGAUUCUGGGGAGCGCAGGUUGUGUCCUUCUCCCCAGAGGGCACACACAUGGGUCGUGGACCAUGCAGCAACCACCCUGCUCGCUCCGCGGCACCCUCCCUACAGUGCUGCCUCCAGAAGGUUCUCCUCGGAAGCUGGCGGUGUGUGAUGGCAACGUCAAGUAGCAUCAGAAGAUGCCCUUUGACGUGUUGCCCCCACAACGGAUGUGGCCAUUAGUCCAUCUCGCCGCUCCAGCGGGCGUGUACCGCUGUGUUCUCAGUCGCCACCGGAUGAGCUGUCCUGUUGCCAUGUGCUCGCUCUACACCUUGUGUGUUCCCAUGGCCGCCACCUGCCCUGCCAGCACGAGACCCAACAUGUGUGCACUUACGGCUCUCUUAUAACCGUCUGGGUCUCCUUUUUUGGAGGCUGGGGGAUAGGGGGACAGAUUACGGGCUUUCUUGCACUCCCACUGGGCCUGUUCUUCUGUGACCUGGAGCAGAAGUCACAUGGUGUGUCUUUUCAUGACAGGAUUCUCCCCCCACCCGCCACCCCGCUAAAAGCAAUGUAUUUUGUAUAACAGUUUGAGCUUUGUGAACGGUCUUGGAUGUCGUUUGCUCGGGCCCCUUUGCGGCCGCUGUUCCUGAGCGACACCACCAUGGAGAAAUAAACGCCUCUUUGCCUGUGAAA